CCGCCGCCGCCGCCAUGGACGCCGGCGACGACGAGCCACCCGUCCUCCUGGACCGCGCCUCCCGCGCCACCCGAGGCAAGAGGAUAACCAAGCUCCUCGAGGACGAGGUCGAGCAGGAUGAGGUCUUCUGGAAUCAAGACGCCCUCAAGGAUGAGGAAGACGAUGACAACUACGAGGAAGAGCAGGAUGCCGGUGACGAAUUCGACAGUGAUUUUGAUCAAGAUGAACCUGAACCUGAUGAUGAGCCAGAAAAGGAAGAACGUGAGAGAUUACCAAUCAAAAAGCGCCUAAUGUUCCCUGGCAAGACAUUGAGAAAGACCAAUGUCAAGAAGAAGGUGACCCCAAAACUAGAAGAUGAUGAAAAAGCUGCCAAGUCCGCGGACAAGGCAAGUCCAUCCACGCCAGCAGAUGUUCCUGAUGAAUUGGAGACUGAGAAGAUUAUAAGGAAAUCAACCAGAACGUCCGUCAUCGUCAGACAAGCUGAAAGAGAAGCCAUACGUGCUGAAAAAGAAGCAACAGCCAAGCCAAUUAUUAAGAAAAAGAAGGAGGGAGAAGAAAAGCGGAUGACACAAGAGGAGAUGCUUUUGGAAGCAGCUGAAACAGAGAUCAUGAACUUGAGAAAUCUAGAACGUGUACUGGCAAGAGAGGAGGAAGUCAAGAAAAAAGCUGUUGUUCAUAAGGACACUUAUGAUGGUCCUACAAUUCGAUUUUUCUCAAGAGAUGGGGAAUCACGUCUGGAAUUCAUAAAUGGGGCAUCAUUUGGGUCCGAACUGUGUACGACAUCAGCUCCUUAUCCAGAAAAAUCUGUCUGUGUGGUGACUGGACUUCCUGCCAAAUACCGUGAUCCGAAGACGGGGUUGCCUUAUGCAACUAUGGAAACAUUUAAAAUAAUCCGGGAGAGUUUCCUGAAAGAGGAGGCUGAUAGGAAGAGGCCGAAUAUGUCGAAUAUGGGAGAGCUUUUUGAAUCAUUAGCUGGUGAACAUUCUGCACCUAAGAAGAGAAGGGUUGAGGUAAGGUCGCCGGGCAUAUCAGGCGGCUUAAGGCACGGAGGACGCUUCCGGCGAAUACCUGCUCUUGAUAUGGUGGACGAGGACUAACGAGAGAGAUCCUGUGAGUUGGCGAUCACAUAGGGCAGUUGAGGAUGCUGUGUCUAGCAUUAGAUCCUGAUGUAAUGCGCAGUUGAGGAUGCUGACACAGCGAAUACCUCCUGCUCUUGACAUGUAAUGUAUUUUUGUCAGCAACCAUGAGCUAUGAGGUUGCGGAUUUGGGUUCAUCUGAGCUACCUGAACUCGACGGCUUGGGUUCUGCACAAGCCGCUUUAGUCCACUCAGCCAUCUCUCCUGUUCCAAAUCGAAAGGUUUCUGUGAUAUGGCAGAGGCAAGAAAUAACAUUGCCAAAUAUUCUUCUUUUUUUCUUUCA